GGCGGCGAGGAAGCUUCGAGAGAAAUCAGAGACGUAUUGAGCAAGGCAAGAAAAAUAAAUAAAAACCCAACUUAGUUCAUUCAAUUCCUAUUCUUUAUUCAUUCAUUCAUCACCACCCUAUUUGCUCUGUUCCUUAAUUCAUUCCACUCUUUUUUCCAAUCCAAGGUUUUAUCAACAUCAUCAUUAUUAUUAUGGAAACCAUAGAAUCAACUCGGAUCCCAAAACCAUUUAUGACAGGUUUGGUUGUGGCUGCUGCAGCUUACGCCGGUAGAUACGGUAUCCUGGCUUGGCAAGCAUUUAAGGGUAGACCAGCUGGGAUGCGUCAAUUUUAUCAAGGUGGUUUCCAUCCUAGCAUGAAUAAGAGGGAAGCAGCUCUCAUACUUGGUGUCAGAACGACCCAUCCAACCGAUAAGAUUAAAGAAGCACAUAGGAGAGUGAUGGUUGCAAACCAUCCAGAUGCUGGUGGUAGCCAUUAUCUUGCUUCCAAAAUCAAUGAAGCAAAAGAAAUCUUGCUUGGAAAGACCAAAGGUGGUGGGAGUGCAUUUUGAAAACCUUUUAAGAACAUCAAUUCUAUGCCUCUAGAAUUAAUUUUGUCAGCGGCAAAAGUGAAACCAAAGCACACAGCAUGAAGAUAUAUUAGCCUUCUGGUUUAAGUUUAUGCCACUUAACCAUCAUUUUUUACUUUGAAUUAAUGUAAUUGAUUCUAUACCAACUACAAAUCCAUAUCUUAAUUAUUUGUAAUAAUAAUAUGAAGAUUGUAUAUGCUAUAGAAUGGCUAUUAAUUUGCACUUCUGCAAACUAUUCUGAGUUACAUGAGAAAAAAUUAAUCCUUUUGUCUGAAUUUUUUCACAGAUUAAUUAGGACACUAUUCUAUUUUUCUUUUA